UCCUAAGACAAGUUCAGGGCUCUGGGGACCUGAUGGAGAAGUCCCAUCAGACGCUAGGAAGGCUUCUCAGACCAAGUGAGCAACUUCACUUGGGAAGGCCUGAUGAUGUCAGAGCGUCAGGCUUUCACGAAUGGAUGCAGGAAAAUACAGACCAGGAUAGACUCCGGUUUGGCAGGCAGGAAAAAAAAAAUCACGGCCCUUCGCACAAAAAGAGGACACCAGAAAGAAUUCCUUACACCUCCUCUCGCCCAUGAACACUUACCCAAUUACAAUCAGCCCAAGACCUUGGCUCGUGUCCCCCGGGCCAGGCCCUGCGCCCCGAGGCCUGCGCGUCCCUGCGCCUUGGCUUCCUCCUCGCGCCCCGGGCUGCCAGAAGGCGGCCGCGCGCCCCCGCACCCGCGGGGCCUCGGCUCCCCGCCGGCCCAGCCCUGCGCCCCCUCGGCCGACUUAGCCCUGCACGUGCAGCCGGGCCACACUCGCGGAGCGCCGGCCUUCAGCCGCGCAGUUCCCGGCGUUUGGGACCCAAUCUGCGCGGCCCAUGGGCGCGGCUGCUGGGGGGCGGGCGCCGAGCUCUCCUGCCCUCUCCAGAUCCCUGGGACCUUCACGGGCCAGAUUCCGCUGCGGCGGGGAGACGCCUCCGGAGCUCUCGGCGCAAGUCCUCCUCUCUCCUCUGCAGCUGCGCUCUCGCUGGGUGGGGCCGGGCCGGGCUGGACUGGGGUCCACUUCUCCCCCACUUCCUAAUCCUGGUCGGCACUCCCUGUCCCCAGUCGCCGAAUCUGGCCCUCUGCCGGCCUGUGGCUUUCCCAGGGACCUCAGGAAAAGCCCCUUCUCCCCGACCCAGGCCGGAUUUCAUUACCCACGGAUCAGCGCUUUGACCUUUGGAGACCCGCCACUUCGCCUUCUCCGGACCUCCAGCGCGCAGGUUUCUGGCCCUACCAUACCUUCCCGGGGUCUUUCUCAGGCUGAAGGUCUGUCCAGAUGGGUGUCUCCAGCCUUGCUUCUUCGAAAUAGAAUUUUAACUCACAAGAGAAAGAGAACUAUAGAAAGAUUUCACCUACUCUCUCUCCCCACCAGAGGAUGUAUAGAUUGAGAUGUGUGCAGAAUGAUGAAAAGUUUGAAUUACCUGAAACAUGUGCUCCCAGCUGAGGUGGAAGAAAGUGACCCUGCAUUCUUGUUUCAGCUCUCAUUCUGCAAAUAAGUAGGCACUCCGAGGGGUCUAUUCAAUGAGAUAUUUUGUUGGAGAAAUCAUUGCUUACGUUGGUCCCUAUGAGCUGUGCUUAAGUGCUGUCUAGUGUUCCUGAGGAAGACCAUGAUGUGUCUUGUUUGAGGAAACAUACAUGUCAGAUGGGUUUCAUUCAGUCAUGAACUGUAGUGCUAUUAAAUAUUGCAGUAUAUCAACCAUAUACAUUAAAUAAUAUAUCUUUAGACACAAACACACAGUAGACAAGAUUAUGUAUUGUUUAGUUGACAAAAAUGUUGAUACUAGAGGCUCACAGGAAUGUAACUCUGUAUUUUGACCGGUAGCAAUGGUACAGUAACUCACCAUUUCUGUGUCUGCAGCUACUUUAUAAAAACCCAACUAUUGAGAAUAAUGAAAAUCAACUGUGUUACCUGUUCACAUUUAUGAAACACUGCUAUACAAAGUCUUCAUAAAUUUGAAUUAUUUAACUUCAAAACCUUAUUAGGAUAUCACGAACACACAAACAAUUUCAGAAUACAAAAACUAGGUGAUGGAAGUUUUAUAAUUAGCGCUAAGUCUAGAGUUUAAAAAAAAAAAAGAAAUCUACGUUCAGAAAGAGAACGGCCAGUGAUCAC